AUGUCUCUUCCUACCAUUCGAACUGUCGGUGUGAUCGGCACUGGGGUCAUUGGCGCCAGCUGGACGGCAUUGUUCCUCGCCCAGGGCUUGAAGGUCAUCGUGACGGACCCAGCACCAGGAGCUGAUGGCAAACUUCGUGAGCAUUUGCGAAAACAUUGGUCCGCCAUUCCCAGUGCCAAAGUGACACAAGACGAAUAUUUGAAUAAUUUCAAAUUUGUCAAGGACAUCGACUCUCAUCUUGGCGAUAUUGAUAUGAUACAAGAGAAUGGACCGGAGCGGCUGGAUUUCAAGCGCCGUCUUUUCGCCCAUUUGGACGCAAACACCCCCGAGCAUGUUCUUAUCGCAUCAUCAUCCUCCGGCCUCCCAUCAUCGGAAUUUGUGACGGAAUGCAAGAACAACCCAGCCCGGAUCCUCAUCGGCCAUCCAUUCAACCCCCCUCACUUAGUGCCACUGGUGGAAGUAGUACCCCAUCAAGCAACCGGUGAUGCGUACGUGACGGCUGCGCUCGAGUUCUACCGAAACCUCGGUAAAGAUCCUGUGCUCGUCAGGAAGGAGACCCCCGGAUUUAUCGGGAACCGGCUUCAAGCAGCUCUUUGUGCCGAAGCCUAUAGCCUUGUCUCGAGAGGUGUUGUCUCAGCCGAAGACCUUGACAAAACUGUAACAUCUGGCCUUGGUCUUCGUUGGGCGUUGACCGGACCUAUCAUGACCAACACACUGGGUGGAGGUGGCGACUUCAAUCAUUUCAUGAGCCAUCUGGGCCCGGCAUUGAAAACAUGGUUGGAUGACAUGCACCGACAUGAAUUUGACAUGGAUUCUCAACAUGUCGACGUUCUGAAAGAGCGAGUGAAUGAGUGGACAUCACAGGUAAACUUAAAAGAGGUUGAAGAACGUCGCGACGAUCGUUUGGUUGGCUUGAUCAAGAGCCAAAAAGACUUUUCAGAGGCUGGGAUCAGUAGAUGAUAACGAACCGACGGAGCGGUUAAGACCAGAAUAGUAAAUAAUAAUGAAUCAAUGUUUCG